GCACAACAACGCGCCGCCGACGCGAGUCGAGCCCGACCGACGGCAGCAACCGCGGCCGGGACCCCUCGCGGCUGCCGGCACCAAGCACGCCGACGACGACGCCCCCGACCAGCGCGUGGUAUCAGUGUGCGAGUAGCGCGCCGAGGACGGACGGCCCGCAGCCGCCGGCGCACGUAGCAGCAGCGCCAGCGCCUCGUGCGGGGGCAUGCUGGAGGCGAGCAGCGCGUGUCCGCUCGGCGACUUGGGCAAAGUGGUGAAGCUCGAGGAGUGGGCCGCGGCUGCCGCGGCCCCGCCGGGCGCCUACCGCUACCCGCACCACCAUCUGCACCCGCCGACACCGCAGCCAGGACCUGCACCAACUGGCCGACAGGUGGGCCGCUACGCAACCAGCGCGGGGGUGCCCGGGGAGCCGACACUCAAGGGCUCCCCGGGUCCCGUGGACUCCUCGCUGCUUGCAAGCUUCAGGGACAGGUACCUGGGCGCUUCGGCGCCUCCCUUCGGGGGCAUGGGUCCGUUCCUGGGACCACCACCGCCCCCGCACUUCCUGGGCUCUGCGGCUGAAUCCGCGGCUUCCAAAGGCACAUCCGAAGUGGCACGAAGACCUGCUGGCCGCGGAUCGGCAUCGGCCAGCCCUGCGAGCCCUGCCGGAGGAUCAUUGGCCCCUCCGCCCGUCACCAGGCCCGCAAUGCUACCCAGUGCGACUUCGGCCACUGGUUCCGACAAGAGAUCUUUCGCAGCCAACGAACCACCAUCCGGCGGUGGAAGCGCGGGUUCAAACAACGACGGCCCAGGGGGUCGAACUGCUGCCAAGGCCUACGCGUCGACGCCCGAUAGUCACCCGCUGAGGCUGACCAAGGACGAAACGUCGUACAAGGCCGCAUGGGGAUCACCAUCACCGACUCAAGCACAAGGUUACCCACACAACGCCCUGCCAGCUAUGCCAAAGAAUGCUCUUGACGCUCAUACCCACAAUCAUCUGCGCAACAUGCAAGAUCCGUACCAGGUUUUUGGACCCACAAGUAGCAGGCUCGCCAGUUCAGGUAGCGGCCAGAUCCAACUGUGGCAGUUCCUGCUCGAGCUCCUGUCGGACAGCAGCAAUGCCAGCUGCAUCACCUGGGAAGGCACCAACGGCGAGUUCAAGCUCACCGACCCGGACGAAGUGGCGCGUCGCUGGGGCGAGCGCAAGAGCAAGCCCAACAUGAACUACGACAAGCUUAGCAGGGCGCUUCGCUACUACUACGACAAGAACAUCAUGACCAAAGUGCACGGAAAGCGGUACGCCUAUCGCUUCGACUUCCAGGGCCUGGCGCAGGCCACACAGCCGCCGUCGGCAGCAGCCGCAGCCGCCGCGGCCGCUGACCCGGCGGCCUACAAGUACCACCACCACCAGUCAUCGGCCAGCGAUCUGUUCGGCUACCACGCCAGCCCAAAGCUCAACUUUCCCUCCACCACGGGAUCGCUGUUCCCGUCGCCUAGCCCUUACUGGACGUCACCAAAUAACCUCUACGCCUCGUCGCACCACUCCAUGCCGCACCCGGGACACAUCGGCUCCUAUCCGCACUACGCGUGACUCCCGAUGUAGGCGGGCUUGCCGGACGCUGCGCGAUCGGACCCCGAAGCGUGGCCCACGCUCGUGUCUGUGUGUGCGCGCUCGCGCGCCGGAACCUGGCGGCGCGCCGACAAUGUACGGGGCGCCUGACCCCUACGUACCAUCAUGUGAGCCCGCGCAGGUCGUCCUAGUCUUGUAUAAGCUGCGCAGCAGCCCGAUCGAGGCUGGUCCCGAGAAAUGUAACGGCGGGCGCCCAGCUUGCCGCAAUGUCAUUUCGACGGCUUGGUCCGAUUGCGGUUCUAGUCUGCGACACAGCGAAAGCGACCGACAAGCGUGGUUCGGCUCGAUGUUCCUGGUGAGGUCAUGACUCUCCCAUAUUAUGACGCUGCAGAACACCAGAAUAAGUAAAACGGGGUUAUCGCUGCGAUUUCACGCCGAAAGGACAAGGUUGCUAUUUUUUUCCGGGAGUCAUCCCUGUCGACGCUGCGGUCGUACGGAGGGGAACAUCGGGUAACCCUAGUGCUUGAGGAACGUUCUUGUCGUGCUUUCGGCGCCGCCAAGCGACGAAGAUGGCCUCGGAAAAAAAAAGUCUGAGCAACCUCGGGAGCAUCAUGCAUCCCCAUGUCUUCACGAAAUCGGGGCUUUGUCCUACUUUGACCGCUGACUGCACCAAGUGCCGCCCUGCAGGCGGUCGAUGCAGCAGAAUCAGGCGCUCGGCUGCGCAUACACCAUUGGUGGCGCCACUUUUGUGUGUGUGUGUGUUGAACAAAUACGUACGUACCCAGGGUUUCGCUGAUAGCUGUCACAUUGCAUCGCCGUGUAAUUUCUUGUACUCAAAAUAUAAGUUUUGUAAAUAUUAGAGUAUGUCGUCUAAUGGCUCCCGCCAACGAAGUGACCAGUACUUCGUUUUUGUCUCUUGAAGCGCAUCCAAAGUGAGACAAAAAAAAAAGUGACGGGCAGAGGUCGCGGUGGAAUGGCUGAGUUGUGUUGGGACAGGUGAAGCGAAAUGGUGGUAAUAUCGUGGAAUCAAAUACGAUAGCCACAAGGUUAUCGGUUUAAUGUAUGUAGUCGUUCAGUGUUUCGGGUUUACCGCCCUCCAUCUUUAUAAAAAAAAAAAGUCGAGAACAAUUUCGUCCAGCAGUAUAGCGUUUUUCUAUUCCUCUACAUUAUUUUUUUCGUUGUUUCUCAGUUAGGCGUUAAGAUAUGUGUUCCCGUUACACAGCAGUGUAUAGUAAAACAAAACAGUGAUUCAAGUUUUCAGUAUAUACCUCUGUACUAAGUUGUAUAAACAAGUCUCAGAUUAAGCCUCAUACGUACUUGUUUCUACGGGGCUGUUUCCGAUAUUUAUGUAUCAAAAGAAUGAAUGCGAAGAAUAAGAAAGUGCCACGAUUAUUUUAUAUGUUGGCAGAUGCAAAAAAAAAUAAUUUACUUCAUUUAUCCUAGUCAGGUUUAGUCCCCGAACAUUGGUUAAUUAUUCUAAUGAAUCACCAUUGAGAUCUAUUUGAAGAGGGCGGGGAUACGUUAACUACAUUUCAACUAACGUACCCAAGAAGUUAAUGACUAGACGUAGCACUCAAGAUGUCAUAAUAUGUUGAUACAUAAGCUGGACAACACUGGCAUCUGACCAUGCCAAAGAGCGCUUCCUAUUUUAGCGCACGUGCAUAUUCUGAAAAAGGACUACCUGGUCAUGCAGAGUUUAUUUACUCGUUUUGCCUCGUAUCUAUGUAGCACUCUCUGUGAUCUUUUUAGAAGAGCGAUUUCGGUGACCUUUCGCAAUUGACACAUGAAAAAGAUACUUAUCAUCUCUGAACUAUGUUCGCGUGAAAAUUACUGUAAAAAUUAACCUUGCCAACUUGGUUCCUUGCAGUCUCGUGUUUUUUUUUCUUGCCACCUGGUCCCACUACAAGCACGAGCAUGACGCAAAAGUGGUCUUACAUUCAUAUAUAAACCUUUUAUUUCCUUUACAUGCUAUACAAAACUCAAAGUGAGACAAACGACGUAAUGACACAUGCUUGGCACUCUCUAUACUUAAAGUUUCGACGUUUACUUUUACCGCACGCUAAAUUUCGGCUCAUCUUCUGUUGGUUGUUACGUCGUCACUUCACACGGCUUUUAUGAAAUGUGCCCCAGUGAAGUUAGGGCUGUGGCGUUCGUUAUGAAAUGAUUCAGUAUCCAUUGACCGAAUUUUGUCAUCCUGUGUGAAAAUGUCGAGUAUAGCGUUUUAAUGGUCUAGUCACUCUUGUGCUUGAAUUUUUGACUGAUGCUUUUCUUUCGAAGAUCUCGAUCUGUUGUUAGCGAAUGCCUACUGAAGUAAUCGCAGAGCCAAAGAAGAUUUCACACUGUACGCUUACACUUUUUUUUUUCCCUUUCGUUCUUUUAUCACUGUGCCUAAAUUUAGCUUCCCAUGAAUGUGAAGCAUUGGGAAAUAUAAUCUUGGUGUUAACGUAUGUUAAACAUACAUUGACGGUCUUUUUUGUGUGUGUGCAGCAAAACCAAAAAGCGACAAAGCUGCCUGUGUUUCCACAACAAAUCUAGUCAACUUCUUUGUUUUCGACUCUUUUGUUUUUCCUACGAAAGUCAUUUACGCACAGAAUUUAUUCGCAACACAAUUGGAAGUUCCACAGUACUACGAGGAGGUAACCAGAUAAAUAUCCGCUACACGCUCCUUCAGAUUGUGGACAGUAAUAUUUAAAGCUGAGCAGCAGCAUCACCACAACAGAAUGUUCGGUUAACAGAUAAUAUUAUUACAUUGUCUCCAGUGUUCACGGAAACGUAGUUGUCCAGUAUGUUGUUGACCGGCUCUUUAUUUGUUUGCAAGACAGUGCUCAAAUCUGAAUGAUUACCACGGGGAGACCUUCAAACGUUUACUUGCGAUUCCUAGGGGCAAGACAAAACAGAAAAAUGCUGCAGAUGCUUACAACUGAACAUAUAGCCCGUGUCUUCAACAAGCAACAUACUCGAUUUAGAGUUGUUAUAUCUCUUGUUACUGAACAUUGGCCUGUCUCAGCUUGAAUACAAAAAACGGUUGUCUGAGCUGUAAACGGCCAUAAAAUAUCAGCUAUUGCUUUAAAAUUUGUAACAGGGCAAUUUGAUACGCGCUAUGCUGGAAGACAGAUCGCGUGCUAAAUAGAAUGACUAAAAAAAAAAAAUAGGUACACUUCCCACACGUAAAGUGGAACUCGUCCUUGACUUAUUCUGGUUUUUAUGAACUCGAUGUUCCACGUGCUCUAAAAGCAAUUACUGGCGGCUUUUUUACCGCCACUAAAGCGCCAUAAAUGUAACCUAGAUGCAACGCUUACUCCAUUUCGGAUAAAUUAAACACCAGAUUUAGGCUUUAUGGUGGCAGGGCACGAGGCUGGUCUUUUCUGCAUAUCUCAAUAGUGUAAACGAAACAAGAAAAGAAAAAAAAAUUACACGAACACCGUCGAAUAGCGCCCAGCUUUACGGAUCUCUAGAGGCUCAAGCACUGUGAUUUCGAAUGUAGUCUUGAUAUUAAACGUGAAACUUAAUGGUCCCAAAUUUGAUGGUUCCUGGAGCUUGUAUUUGUAUGCUGAUUUAUUUAUUCGAUUGUGUGUAUUAUACUAAUGCUGUACAUUUUGUCGCGAGCUGUGAACUUUUUUUGUUAACUUACUUUUGACUCACAAUAAAAACAGUCAACUACGU